ACGCAUCCCCGCUACUACGACUAUAAAAGACUUCGCCCAAACCUGCCGCGCGUUAUUACAACUGUGCCUCUGUGAUUUUUCCCGCCGUGUUAUUUAUUUUAAAACACCAGUAAAGAUGCAGACGUGGUUGGUGGUGGCUUGCGUGGCUGCUCUGGCGGCACUCGCGUCCGCACAGAAGCCUGGCCGGUUCCUCUCUCUCCCAGUACCACAGAAGUGUGCGAACAGACCAAAGGAGUUCUUCUAUCGCGGCCACAACUAUUUCUUCAGUGGACACGUUCCCGCCCUCGCCAACAGGAAAGUUGACUGGCUCGAUGGACGUAACAUUUGCCGCGAAUACUGUAUGGACCUGGUUUCCAUGGAAACUCAAGAAGAAAACAAUCUAAUCUUCAAACUUAUCCAGCAAAACGACGUGCCGUACAUAUGGACUUCGGGUCGUCUUUGCGACUUCAAAGGCUGCGAGUCCCGCAGAGAUCUGGAGCCCAAGAACAUUCUGGGUUGGUUCUGGUCUGCCAACAGGGAGAAGAUUUCGCCUACCAACCAGAUCCCCAACGGCUGGGGCUACAACCCUUGGUCGCAGACCGGUCACAAGAAGCAGCGCCAGCCUGACAACGCAGAGUUCGACAUCAACCAGACCUCCGAGUCGUGCCUCAGCGUCCUCAACAACGUGUACAACGACGGUAUCGCGUGGCACGACGUCGCCUGCUACCACGAGAAGCCCAUCGUCUGCGAGGACAAUGAGGAACUCCUCAACUACGUCGCCAGCACCAACCCCGGCAUCCGUCUAUGAGUCAAACGAGCUGACAAGGGUGGUUGAUUGUACAAAAAUUACACAAAUGUUGACUAAUUAUAUUUUUCGGAUUUAAUGCCAUAUUUUGUAGUGACGUCUUUAUUUUCGUUUGAUAAUGGGUUUUACCAACUACUCUAUUCAAUAGAUGUAACCAUGGUAUAAUUGUAUAAUCACUUAAUAUUUGCCAAA